AGGGGCCGCAUCCAGGGCCCGGGAGGCGGAAGUAUACGGGGCUGGGGGUCCUCCCUUCCAGUCCUCAGCUUGGAGGAGACAUGGAGUACUGUCUGGCGGCCGCGGCGCUGAACGGGGUGGACCGGCGCUCGCUGCAGCGCUCGGCUCGGCUGGGGAGGGAAGUGUUGGAGCGCGCCAAGAGAAGGGCAGUGGACUGGCGUUCUCCAGAGCGAUCCAGAGGCAGCGUGGGGGUCCUUGACCGCCAGGGCCCCUACCAGGAACGAUGGUCGGUCCCCGGUCCCCAGCGCCUCCUAGGAGAGAGAGAAGAAAGGUGCCCAACCCUUAGUGCUUCCUUCAGAACAAUGGCUGAAUUCAUGGACUAUACUUCCAGUCAGUGUGGGAAAUACUACUCAUCUGUGCCAGAGGAAGGAGGGGCCACCCACGUCUCCCGUUACCACAGAAGGCAGCCUCUAGAAGUGCACAUGCACGCAGACCUAGGGCACGGUCAGGAGCAGCAGAGAAGCGGCAGAGUAGAGACAUCUAUUGGUCCAGGAAGCAGCUCCCAAACAUCAGAGCACUCUCGAGAAGCAUUCUGGCCUGCCGAGGACAUCUCUAAGGACCUCUACAUAGAAGUGUAUCCAGGGACCUAUUCUGUCACUGUGGGCUCAAGCCCCUUAACCAAGAAGACUCAUGUGGUCGCGGUUGACUCGGGGCAGAGUGUGGACUUGGUCUUCCCCGUAUGAAGCUGGCUGUCACUGCCGUCACGUCACUCUUUUUAAGUAGCAAGAAGAAUAAAACCACCUUAUGAUUGUCUUAAUAAUGAUAUAUGGAUCCUACUCUUCGUAUUGGCUGUAGGGGGUCAGCCUUUGUGAACUGGGGUCUGUCUUACUGUGUGCCUGAAAACAGUAAUGGAAUGGUGCUGUCCGAACAGCUUUCACGGCUGGCUUUCUACGGAAGUGUAAAUUAUGAUAAUAAAGGGAGAGAUUGGGAAAUAAAAA